AUGAAAAAAUUCGAAUGGUGUCCUUCUUGCCAUCAUAGAAGUAGUGAACAUCAAUGCCAAUACAUUUUUAAGGAUUUACUAGGCAAGAAAUUUCCAUCAUGUAGGCCGAAUUUUUUGCAUGAAAUGCAACUUGAUGGAUAUAACGAAGAGUUGCGAUUAGGAUUCGAAUUUCAUGGCAAGCAACACUAUAGUCUUAAUUCAAUGUUUCAUAGGAGAGGUCAGAUAGAUUUGGAUGAACAGAAAAUGCGCGAUCAGAAGAAGUGGGAUAUAUGUAAAAAAGAAGGUAUAUGUCUUAUUAAAGUACUGUAUACAUGUGAUCUUCUUUCUUACAUUAAGCAUAUAUUAAUCGAAAAGGGAUAUUUGGAUGAUGCAAGUGGUGGUGGAGGUUCAACUCAAAAACUUGCUGACAUUAUAAGUUCUUAUAUAGAUGCUGAUCCACACAAAGCUUCAAAGGUCCUCGAUGGUUAUUUGAGACAAAAGGAAUUUGUGAUCAUCGAUAUAAAUAAACUGAGAUCUGAAUCUUUUUCACUUCGAUAG